AGGAAAUGGACCUGGGGGUAUUGAUUGAUGCUCAGCUGAACGUGGGCCAGCACUGUGCCUGGGUGUCCAAGAAGGCCAAUGGCAGCCUGGCUUGCAUCAGGAACGGUGCUGCCAGCAGGAACAGGGAAGUGAUCAUCCCCUUGUACUCAGCUCUGGUGAAGCAGCACCUCGAGUACAGUGUCCAGUUUGGGGCCCCUCACUGCAAGAAAGACAUUGUUCAAAGCAGGUUCAAAGAAGGGCAACAAAGCUGGUGAGGGGUCUGGAGCACAGGGCUGAUGAGCAGCAGCUGAAGGAGCUGGCAUUGUUCAGUCUGGAGAAGAGGAGGCUCAGGGGAGACCCUAUUGCUCUCUAUAACUACCUGAACGGAGGUUGUAGUGAGCUGGAGAUCAGCCUCUUCUCUCGUGUAACUGGUGAUAGAACUAGAGGGAAUGGCUUCAAGUUGCACCAGGGGAGAUUUAGGCUGGAUGUUGGGAAAUGCUACUUUUCUGAAAGAGUGGUCAGGCAGUGGAAUGGGCUGCCAGGGAGGUGGUGGAGUCACCGACCCUGGAGGUGUUCAAGGAACGUUUGGAUUUUGUGAUGAGGGACGUGGUUUAGUGAGUGCUAUUGGUGAUGGGUGGAUGUUUGACUGGAUGAUUUUGAAAGUCUUUUCCAACCUUGGUAAUUCUGUAAUUCUGUGAUUUUGUGAUUCUGUGAUGGGGCACUGAUGCAGGAGUGCUUCAGGCAUGAGGCAAUGGUGCUGCAGAUGUAGAUAGAGGGGCUGCAGGAGGAGAAGCACUGCAUCCAUCAGCCGGGGCUGUCACGGGCUCCGUGGUUGAGCAGCGGUGCCAUGCGGUGCUGCAGGAGCUUUGGAGGGAUGUGGAGCUGUGCCUGCAGAGUGGGGACUACGUGGCACCUGGUGGUGCACAGCCGUUCAAGGAGGGCUUCAAGCGUGAGGCAGCAGCCAUGCAGGAGCUGAUCACACAGCUGCAGAAGGAGAACACGGAGGUGGGCCCCUUGGUUAGCUCCGCUCUGAACGUUCUGAGCAUUUCUGCAAUGUUCCUGCCUGGUCUGGCAGUCAAGCCUUUCAACAAACUGCAGCGUGUGACAUAGCCUGUCCCCCAGCAGCUGUCCCUGCAGUAAAUGCUGUUGGUGUGGUACUGCCUGUCUGUGCACUGUUUUUGUAGCAAUCAGUACCUGCUGCUCUUUCCUUUGUAGCAGCCAGAUUUUCUGACAGGACAAACAAGACAGACAGCUGCUUGAUGUUGUCUUUGUUUGCAGCUAUUCCAAAUACCCAUCGAUUUCCCUUGGGAUCCUUAAAAUUCCUCCUUCUGAGGCAAUUGACACCAAGUAUACAUGGAGCCCUCGGGCCAGUCACAAUCAGGUGCUUUUGCCAGUCCUUACAAGUGAGGCUUAUUUCAGCCUCCAACACAGGUCAUUAUUGGGAACCCCCCGUCACCCCAGCAAUACAAAUUGGUUUUGUGCCUUGAUUUCAGGACAUCACAGUGCACUGCGUGCCAGUGUCCACCAGUGCCUCAUGUUUCUGUUGUUCUGAUGUGCCACGCUAUUGAAUCCACACAGUCCAAUAUAUUCUGUUGCCCUUUUCCCCUCCUGGCUGGGGGCACGGCCCUUCUAUUGGUUAACUCUAUAGUUCUUCUUCCUUCAUCACAAUCAUGGUCCUAAGAGUUUUUGCCAUAUCCUGCAGCAACAGGAGCAAUCACCUUUUUGGAGGAGAUCACCUUGGUGGAUGAUCUGUCUUGUAAUUCUCUUAUCCAUGCUCAUAGUGCCAUGACACAUCAUGAGGCUGUGUGGUGGUGGUACCAGAGCAAGAGCUCUGGACAGCUGACAGGUCUUCCAGUGCUUUCUGCUCCACGAUCUUCCCAGGCACAGAGCUGAGGCUUUCCAGCCUGCAGUUCCCGAGUCCUCCUUCCUGCCUUUCUUACAAAUGGCAGCGAUGUUUGCCUUUUUCCAGUCUCUGGGGACAUCUGCCAGCCAGGCGGCUCAGCAACUGCAUCAGCCAGCUCACUCCGUACAAACAGCAGCAGGGGCUGGGCCCUGCAUGGCCAGCACAGUGAGGCUGCUGUGCAGUGGUGCAGGCACACUCUGGCUGUACCGUGGUGUUGUGUGAUUGCGUGGUGGUACAGGUGCAUUUUGGCUGCAGCAUUGGAGGUUCAGUGUUGUGGUGCUGGCACACUGUGUCUGUACCAUAGAGGUACUGUGCUCUGCUGUCGGGGCAUUGUGGAUGCACCUUGGCAUUGUGAGGCAGUAGCAGCACGGCUCCAUGUCCCACAGGACAUGAGGCACUGGUGCUGGACUGCUUCAGGCAUGAGGCAAUGGUACUGCAGCUGUAGAUGAAGUGGCUGCAGGAGGAGAAGCGCUGCAUCCAGCAGCCAUGGGUGUCAUGGGCCCUGUGGUUGUGCUGUCCCUGCCCUCAGUGGCCAGCUAGGUGUCAGGCACUGUCAGCAAAGUGCUGCAGCAUGCUGGAGCUCUUAUCCCCACCAGCAGUCCCUGCAGUGAAUCCACCAAUAUGGUACAGGUCAUGUGAUUUCAGUGAAUUAAGCAGUAUUCCGAGAAUUAGUAUUCCAGGAAAGGAAGAGAAAAAAGGGAAAAUCAAAGACACAGGAUGUGGAGGGUGGGGAGGAGCGAGACCUGGCUUCGCUAUAUAUUGCAGUUUCCAGUCUGUGAUCACAGCAGGCAGCAGCACAACCAUGGACGCUCCGAUGCUCCCGAUGCCGGCUCCCCUCUGCCUGGUGACCAACAAGGACAGCGUGCUGUCCCUCGACCGCAGGGCGCUGGCAGUGCUGCGCAGUGUCACCCAGCCCCUGGUGGUGGUGGCCAUCGCUGGGCUGUACCGCACUGGGAAGUCCUACCUGAUGAAUCAGCUGGCGCAGAAACGCACUGGUGAGCAGAGGGGGAAACCCCAUGCGUUUGGAGGGGCAUCUUGUGGGAUUUCUGACAGCUCACUGCCCACAGGCUUCCCGCUGGGCCCCACGGUGCAUGCGGAGACCAAGGGCAUCUGGAUGUGGUGCCUGCCCCACCCGCGCCGGCAGGGAGUGACCUUGGUGCUGCUGGACACCGAGGGGUUGGGAGACCCCAAAAAGGAUGACGAUGACAGCAACUCCUGGAUCUUCACGCUGGCGGUGUUGCUCUCCAGCACCCUGGUGUACAACAGCAUUGGCACCAUUGACCAGUGGGCACUGGAGCAGCUGCGGCUGGUAACGGAGCUGACAGAGCACAUCCGUGUGCGGGAGGAGAACGACAACCCAACAUCCAACUUUGUCCGCGUCUUCCCGUGCUUCGUCUGGACCGUGCGUGACUUCACACUGCAGCUGCGGGCCCUGAGUGAGGAUGAGUACCUGGAUGACAUACUGCGACUGCAGACCGGGGAUGGGAAGAAGGCCAAGGAGCGCAAUGAGCUGCGGAGCUGCCUGCGCAACUUCUUUCCCCGCCGCAAGCUGUUCACGAUGGAGCGGCCGGCAGCUGAUGCGGAUCUGCAGCGGUUGGAGGAGCUGCGGGAGGACGAGCUGCAGCCAGGCUUCCGGAAGCAGGUGGACGCCUUCUGCCGGUACAUCUGGGAGGAGGCGCCGGUGAAGGUGUUGCUGGGUGGGCACCAGGUGACGGGCAACGUGCUGGCAGGCCUGGCGGAGAAAUACGUGGCGGCCAUCACCAGCGGCGCGGUGCCCUGCGUGGAGAGCGCAGUGACAGCGCUGGCACGGGCCGAGAACAGUGCAGCAGUGGAGGCGGCGGUGGCCGAGUACCAGCGGGGCAUGGAGCACGGCCUGGUGCUGCCCACAGCCUCACGCAGUGCUCUGGUGGCCGUGCAUCGGGACUGCGAGCAACGCGCCAUCACCCUCUUCCUGUCCCGUGCCUUUGCCGACCAUGAACGCCAGUACCAUGCAGAGCUGGUGGGCAAGCUGGAGGCGGCCAAGGACGAGUUCUGCCGGCGCAACGAGGAGGCGUCGGAGCAGCGGUGCCAUGCGGUGCUGCAGGAGCUUUGGAGGGAUGUGGAGCUGCGCCUGCAGAAUGGGGACUACGUGGCGCCUGGUGGUGCACAGCUGUUCAAGGAGGACCUGAACCGCGUGCUGGAGGAGUACAAGCGGCGGCCCGACAAGGGUGUCAGGGCGGAGGCGGUGCUGGAGGUGUUCCUGCGGGAGCGCGAGGGGCUGGCACAGGUGUUGAAGGCCACUGAGGUGCAGCUGGAGCUGGCGGAGCGGCAGCGGGAGGCAGCAGCGGCCGAGGCAGAGGCGGCCCAGAAGGCGGCAGAGGCAUGGCUGGAGGAGCAGCGGCGCACCAUGGAGGAGCACAAACGUCAGCUGGAGCAACAGUUGAAGGAGGAGCAGCGUGCGUGGCUGGAAGAGCAGCGGCGCUUAUUGGAGCACCACAAGAAGGAGAUUGAAGCACUGGUGCAGGAGGGCUUCAAGCGUGAGGCGGCAGCCAUGCAGGAGCUGAUCACACAGCUGGAGGAGGAGAAGAAGAACAGGGAGCGGGACACCCGGAUUAGCUCAGCUCUGAGCAUUUUGGCUGCAUUCCUGCCUGGUGCGGCAGGAAAACUUUUUAGGCCCAUGUGAUGUGGACUGUC